GCUGUGCUGUGUACAAAAGAUUUCCUUUCAAUUACCCCAUUCCUUUGUUCUUUCUUUCUUUCCCCUUUCCUCUCUUCUUCUUCUUCUUCUUCUUCUUCCCAUUACUACUCUUCCCCCCAGCUACCUCAGCCGCCCUGUAAUAAAUUUCCCCUUCGUUAGUCCAAAUCAUCAAAAUUCUCCUGCUUUCGUGUGAUGAUGGAGCUUAACACGUUGGCAGCAGCAAUCCAUAUCCCCAGCUCUCUUCCCUAUUUGGCUGCUGGCCCAUAGAACAAACCCAUAAAGCAGAAGAAGAAUAAGAAGAAAAGGCAGCCAUGGUUCUGCUACUAUCUCAAGGGUACUGGUUCAUAAGCAGGGUGCCAUUUCUGGGUUGGUACAAGGAGAUCUCUUGAAGUGUUUAGUUGGAAUCUGGUGAAGAAAUUAGAAGCGAAACAGAGGGAAGUUUUUAGCUUUUCUUUUUAUUUAUACUCUCUUUUGGGGGUUCUAGUUUGAUUUUUCCCUAUCUUUUUCGUUGGGUGACAAUAGAUCGCUCUUGGCGGUUUGUUUGCCGUGUGAAGCUACUGUGGGCAAGCUCUGAUCUCGAAGGUUUUUUUUUUUAAACAAAAAUAAGUUCUUUUUUCGUUUUUGGUUUCUUGUGUUUGGGGAUUUUAUGUGAAGGAGGUAAAACGGACAAAAAACAAGAAUAACGAUGGUCUCCCAAUCUGGAUAUUGCUGUCCUUUGUCGGUUCUUAAUUAAAAUUCCUUAUUCCCCCUUCUGGGUUUCAGUCCUUUUACCAUUUCAAAGCCCUAGCUGUUCACAAGUUCAUUAGUGUUGCAAAGCUUGAAGCUUUAGUCUUAGUUCUUUCUGGGUAGUUCCAGGGAUAACAGUUUGGAGUGUGAUUUGGAAGAUAGAAGCUACUACCCCUUUGAGUUUGUUGCAUUUGGCUCAAGGACAAGCUUUGGUGGUGAUAGCUUAUUCAAAGUGAUUGUUUUGAGAUUGGAGUUUCUUUAGGGGUUUUAGGCUUUUGGGUGACCGGAGUUGGCAUUGUCGUGAAGAGAAGGGUGUGAUAGUUAGGAGGUGGAGAUAUGGCAAUGAUCUGCAAGGAUGGUGGUAAGAACAAUAUGCAGCAAGGGCACAUGGAGAAUGGAAAAUAUGUGCGUUACACGCCUGAGCAGGUCGAAGCCCUUGAGAGACUCUAUCACGAGUGUCCCAAACCCAGCUCCAUUCGCCGCCAACAGUUCAUUAGGGACUGCCCUAUCCUCUCCAACAUUGAACCUAAACAGAUCAAAGUUUGGUUCCAGAAUCGAAGAUGCAGGGAGAAGCAAAGGAAAGAGGCGUCUCGACUUCAAGCGGUGAAUAGGAAGCUGACGGCAAUGAACAAGCUUCUCAUGGAGGAAAAUGAUAGGUUGCAGAAGCAAGUGUCUCAUCUGGUGUAUGAGAAUAGCUACUUUCGCCAGCAUACCCCGAAAACAACGCUUCCAACCGAAGACACAAGUUGUGAAUCAGUGGUCACAAUUGGUCAACAUCAUGUGACACCUCAGCAGCAUCCUCCAAGGGAUGCUAGUCCUGCAGGGCUAUUGUCCAUUGCAGAAGAAACUUUAACAGAGUUUCUUUCAAAGGCUACUGGAACCGCUGUGGAGUGGGUCCAAAUGCCUGGAAUGAAGCCUGGUCCGGAUUCCAUUGGAAUCAUUGCUAUUUCUCAUGGUUGCAUUGGUGUGGCAGCACGAGCCUGCGGCCUAGUGGGUCUGGAGCCCACAAGGGUCGCAGAAAUCCUCAAAGAUCGGCCUUCGUGGUUCCGCGAUUGCCGUGCUGUGGAUGUUGUCAAUGUGCUACCCACAACUAAUGGUGGAACCAUUGAGUUACUUUACAUGCAGCUCUAUGCUCCAACAACCUUGGCACCUGCUCGCGAUUUCUGGUUGUUGCGCUACACUUCGGUAUUGGAAGAUGGCAGUCUUGUGAUAUGUGAGAGGUCGCUUAAGAAUACUCAAAAUGGCCCUAGCAUGCCACCUGUGCAGCAUUUUGUGAGAGCAGAACUGCUGCCUAGUGGUUACCUGAUACGACCUUGUGAAGGGGGUGGCUCAAUCAUACACAUCGUUGACCAUCUAGAUUUGGAGCCUUGGAGCGUGCCUGAAGUUCUACGACCGCUCUACGAGUCCUCCACAGUGCUUGCGCAAAAGACAACAAUGGCUGCUUUGCGCCAGCUGAGGCAGAUAGCCCAGGAGGUUUCCCAGACUAAUGUAAGCAACUGUGGCAGGCGACCAGCAGCACUGCGGGCUUUGAGCCAGAGGUUGAGCAGGGGCUUCAAUGAGGCUCUCAAUGGGUUCACUGAUGAGGGAUGGUCAGUGCUGGGAAAUGAUGGGAUGGAUGAUGUUACCAUCCUGGUUAACUCGUCUCCUGACAAAUUGAUGGGUCUGAAUCUUCCCUUUUCCAAUGGGUUUCCAGCUGUUACAAAUGCAGUUUUAUGUGCCAAAGCAUCAAUGCUUUUACAGAAUGUUCCUCCUGCCAUACUUCUUAGAUUCUUGCGUGAACACAGAUCAGAAUGGGCAGACAAUGGCAUUGAUGCUUAUUCAGCUGCUGCAAUAAAAGUUGGUCCUUGCAGCUUACCUGGUUCUCGUGUUGGAGGAUUUGGGGGGCAGGUUAUACUUCCUUUGGCUCACACGAUAGAGCAUGAAGAGUUUUGCAUGUGCAUAAUCCUUGCCUUGAAUCAGUUUCUGGAGGUUGUUAAAUUGGAGAGCAUUGCAUAUUCCCCUGAGGAAGCAAUGAUGCCUAGGGACAUUUUUCUCUUACAACUCUGCAGUGGAAUGGAUGAAAAUGCUGUUGGAACUUGUGCUGAACUCAUAUUUGCUCCGAUCGAUGCAUCUUUUGCUGAUGAUGCACCUCUGUUGCCUUCUGGUUUCCGCAUCAUUCCCCUUGAUACCGGAAAGGAAGCCUCGAGCCCCAAUCGCACUUUGGACCUUGCUUCUGCUCUUGAAAUUGGACAGGCUGGCAACAAAGGAUCUAAUGACUCAUCUGCUAGUCCGGGUUGUGUUAGAUCUGUAAUGACCAUUGCGUUUGAGUUUGCAUUUGAAAGCCAUAUGCAAGAACAUGUAGCUUCAAUGGCUCGCCAGUAUGUUCGGAGCAUCAUAUCAUCUGUUCAGAGAGUGGCAUUGGCCCUUUCACCUUCAAACUUGGGCUCACUCGCUGGUCUUCGUUCGCCUCUUGGUACACCCGAAGCACAGACUCUUGCUCGUUGGAUCUUCCAGAGUUAUAGAGUUUACUUGGGUGUGGAGCUGCUCAAGUCCAAUAAUGAAGCAGGUGGUGAUUCCAUCCUCAAGUCUCUCUGGCAUCACUCGGAUGCCAUGAUGUGCUGCUCUCUCAAGGCACUUCCAGUUUUCACAUUUGCAAAUCAGGCAGGACUUGACAUGCUCGAGACGACCUUAGUUGCAUUACAGGAUAUAAGUCUGGAGAAGAUAUUCGAUGACCAAGGAAGGAAGACUCUUUGUACAGAGUUCCCACAGAUCAUGCAGCAGGGAUUUGCAUGCCUUCAAGGUGGUAUCUGUGUCUCGAGCAUGGGAAGACCGAUCUCGUACGAGAGGGCGGUGGCAUGGAAGGUGUUGAACGAGGAGGAGAAUGCACACUGCAUCUGCUUCAUGUUUGUCAACUGGUCUUUCGUUUAAAGCUUUUGGUGGGUUUCCUGGGGGCGUUUCAGGAGAAGAAAAUACCUUGCAAUGGGUUUUAGAAAGUGUGGAAGAGAUGAAUAGUACUCUGAAGAACACUGGCUUAUUGUUGUUAUGUUGGUUUUGUUGCCCCCCGUAUGUUUAAUGGACAGAGUAUUAUUAAGAGUGGUACGGCUGUGAUCGGCAGAACGAUGUGUAAGGCACAGGAUGUGCCCUGUAUGUGUGUUGGUUUGUAUCCAGGAAUUAUGAUCGCAACUUUCUUGUGUGUUUUCAGUACUCCACACCUGUCAUGAACCAGUUGCUCCCAAUAGCUCGAGUUGUUGGGAGAAGGGUUAU